AUGUCAAUCAGGUCGUUGGCAUCGCUGCGCAACGGGCUGCCGACCUCUCGCUUCGUCGAGGAGUUUCAGCUGCUGAGACGUCCGGGUCACUUCCAAGGUCUUCUGACCACUCGACCUUCGCAAGACAAAGUUGUCUGGCCAGCUUUAUCCACCUGGUCUAGUAUCGAUUCUGAUGGGAACGAAACACUUGAAGGUCUCAAGAGGCCUGAGUUGAACGACCUCAUUGUACCAGUAGAGAUCUCGCAGCAGGGCGUUGGCUACAAUGCUGGUGUAAGCAGGUGGGACCGUAUCGAGCUGCCAUUCUCAUUAUUCAUCGACGCCUUCAUCCAGCGCAAGAUCCCAUGGCAGACAAGUCCAGAUGCACAGAAGCAACCGCCCGUAGGAUAUUUGGCCCAAUUCGAUCUUCUCUCCAAAUCCCCAGCCUUGGCCUCAGAAGUUCCAGGUCUGCCGCACACCAGUGCAGGUCCUAAAGGUGCACAGGAACAAUGGCGUAGCAAUGUCUGGAUCGGUCCAGCAGGCACCUAUACUCCUCUUCAUCGAGACCCUUACGAGAACCUGUUUGCACAGGUCGUCGGCCGCAAGCGUAUCCAUCUCUUCGGCCCACAGCUCGCUUCCUAUCUUUAUAUCAACAAGAGCGGUCCGCAGCAGAACACUUCGACCAUCGCAUCAGAGCAAGAGCUUCUUCAUCCGGCAGAGGAUCGACCGCUGCUUGCUACUGCUCUCGCAUCAGAAGAUGCUUUCCUCACUGAGCUCGGCCCAGGCGACGUCCUUUACAUCCCCCAGGGCUGGUACCAUUGUGUUCAGAGCCUGAGUACAAGUGCAAGCCUCAACUUCUGGUAUCGGUGA